AUGUCGGACGAUGAUGCAGUCCAAAACAUUGUUGACGACGGUAAUGUUGCCGAUUACAAAUCACGCAUGGCCGAAUGGGCUGCAAAAAGACGUGCUUUGCGCCUCAACCUUCGCGAAGAAGCUACAGCAGAGUCUUCUCCACAACCAGCAGAAGAUCCCUUGGAGGAAUCACACACCCCCCAUCCAAUAAAAGCCGAUUUUGAUCUUGGCCGCGGUAUGAAAAUUCCGGGCGACGUCUACAGUCGGCUCUUUGAUCACCAGAAGGAAGGAGUCUGCUGGCUAUGGAACCUCCAUAAAAGAAACCAUGGUGGAGUGCUUGCCGACGAGAUGGGCUUGGGAAAGACUAUCCAAGUUAUCGCAUUCUUGAGCGGUUUGUUGUACUCUCGUCAGCUUGGCAAUAAACCAGUACUCCUUAUAUGUCCGGCUACUAUUAUGAAUCAAUGGGUCAAAGAAUUUCAUGAAUGGUGGGCACCUUUCCGAAUUUCCGUAUUCCAUGCUUGCGGUAUGGCAUUUAAGCAUCAAAAGAUGACACCAAGAGAAGUCAGAAAGUUUCUAAGAAACAAUAAUGGUUGCGGCUGUGUCAUAAUAACCUCUUACGACAUGGCAAAAAAGUACCAAGGCGAUCUCAUACCAUUUGAAUGGGAAUACGUUGUCUUGGACGAAGGCCAGAAGAUAAGAAAUCCCGACACCGACAUCACACUUGCCGUCAAAAAAGUAAAAAGCAGACACCGAAUAUUACUCUCGGGAACUCCGGUACAGAACGAUUACAAAGAGCUAUGGGCAAUCAUGGAUUUCAUUGCUCCCGGAAAAUUUGGAACCUUACCCGUAUUCGAAGAGGAAUUCGCCAAGAGAAUAAAGACGGCAGGAUACGUCAACGCAUCUCAACUUUCCGUUCGUAUCGGAUAUCAUUGUGCAAAAAGGCUUGCGGAACGGAUAAAACCGUACAUGUUGCGAAGAACAAAAGAAGAUGUAAAGUCGGAAUUCAUGCCCAAGUCCGACGAGGUGCUUUUCUGUCGAUUGUCCGAAGAACAGCGUUUGUUGUAUUCACAGUAUUUGAGAAAAGACGUGGAGAUGAAAAGGCUCUUGAAAAUUCGGCGGUUGCCUAACGAACGGUCUGGAGCGCAUCUGCACAUAACUCGUUUGACGCAAAUUUGUAAUCAUCCCGAUAUAUACUUGUCGAAUUUGGACAGAUGUCUAACGGAAAAUCACGGUUACGUGUAUGGAGAAGCGAAAAGAUCGGGAAAAAUGAUUGUCGUAAAGGCACUUUUGGCCGAGUGGGAAAGAAAGGAAAACAAAGUUUUGCUGUUCUGUAGGUCUGCUCGCAUGUUGGAUAUUCUCGAGACGUUUGUUUCGCGCGAAGGAUACAACUAUCGUCGUCUUGACGGAUCGACGUCAAUGCAUAUUCGGGACAAACGCAUAAAUGACUUUAAUAACAACGAAAAUGUAUUUGUGUUUUUGUUGACGACUCAAGUCGGAGGUGUUGGUCUUAAUCUGACAGGAGCCGAUCGUGUUAUCAUAUACGAUCCUGAUUGGAAUCCGUCGACCGAUGAUCAGGCGACUCAGAGAGCAUUGAGAUACGGACAGACUAAACCUGUAUCCAUAUAUAGGUUGAUGACUGUUGGUACGAUUGAAGAAAAGAUUUAUCACAGGCAAGUUUUCAAGCGAGCGCUUGCAAGAAAAGUCACAAGAAAACCAGACCUUGAUGAUAUUCAAUUUGAAGCGGAUGAGUUACACGAUUUGUUUUCUCUUGGCGGCGAAGACGAAGAAUUGACUGAUACUAGAUACAUGUUUGAAGAUGCAGAAAUCCGAAAAGUUCGGUUACCUAAAUCUAAAAAAGCCAAUAGUAAUAGUGUUUCGAAGCAAUUAAAGAACGGGUCAUCAGUCCUUGAUCAAGACGAGCUAGUAGCAGUAUUUGAUUAUAGUACCAAUCAGAUAAUAUAUGUUCGUCGCUCUACCCAGCAGGAAGAAGAUUUACAUCCUCCUGAAACAUCAGACAAGAAGGAGCAGGACAUUGGCGAACUUUUAAAGAAACUUCCCAAGAUUAAAAAGAAAAUACGACUCGAUGACCCCGUUUCCGGAGAUGCUGAUUUGCCUAAUGGGUCCUCUAGCUUUAAUAAUUCCGAUGGAUCUAGUACGAUGGCUAAUGGAUCGUCAUCUCUGCCGAAUCGAAGGAAACGCCGGCGAUUUGAAUUAUUUAAAGCAACGGAAAAGAAAAAGACUCCUACCGUGAAUAAUGUAGAAGGUGUUGCUCGCAUAGAAUUUCGUAACAAUUCUGAUGACAAAGAUAACAAAGGACGCGACGUGCGAAGGAGAAGAGCCGAUAGUUCUAGCGAAGAAGAAAAAGAGGAAGGAAAUGACGACAGCCAUAUUAUACAAGUACUGUACGAGACAGCUGGGCUGCAUUCCGCUUUUAAUCAUGAACGUGUUGUACGCGCAAAGGGAAAGAAAUCGCGGAUGUCAAUGGCAGAUAUCGACUCUGUGGCCGAGUCAGUUGCAAACGAUGCCGAUCAUCAUCUUGACGAGAACGCUGACUUUCUCGCACGUUACGGUCCGGGGACGCUUACUUUUACUGGACGAAAUGGGGAGGCUGGUAUACCUAAAAAGAGUUCCAGUAGUCGUAAUACUGCUUGGUCGCUGUACAAGAAAGGGUGGAACAAGUGA